UCACCAUAUUCCAAACAUUCGACAAUCUGUCACAAUCAAAAUUCAAAACAAAAGAUAAAUACCAUCUUAACUGCGAAAUUUGGUGUUUCACGGUCUUAGUUUUAUUUAUUACCCACGGAUUCACUGUUUUUUUUCAAGCGAUAUUUGUUGCGCGAUAGAUUCUCCAUCCGUGUUUCUUUACUGUUUUGCUUGAUUGUAAAAUAAUGACUACCCGCUGAAACAUCGAGGCGAAGUGAUUGCAUAACGUUAAUCGAUAGCCGACAUUUUUCUGUGAAAGUUCCCAAUCAGCUGAUUUCUGUCGCUGUAUUUGAGCGACCAAUAUCUUCCACAUACUCGCGAGAAUUAUGGAUACAACACCCAUCACGACGUUGAAACUCCUCAUAAUUGGGGAAUCUGGAGUUGGGAAAUCCAGUUUAUUGCUCCGAUUUACGGAUGACACCUUUGAUCCUGAACUGGCUGCGACGAUUGGUGUGGAUUUCAAAGUCAAAAGUCUAAAUGCCAACGGCAACGUGGUCAAAUUGGCCAUCUGGGUAAAUGGUUGUCGGGAAUUAGUGGAGUCAUAUUUGGAACUCUUGCUGAUCGGUUUUUGUUUGCAGGAUACAGCGGGGCAGGAAAGAUUUCGGACCUUGACGCCAAGUUAUUAUCGAGGUGCCCAAGGAGUUAUCCUGGUGUACGAUGUCACAUCGAAAAGCUCCUUUCAGAAACUGGAAAUGUGGCUAGGCGAGGUGGACUCAUACGCGAAUAAGCCCGGGAUGGUGAAAAUGUUGGUUGCCAACAAGAUUGACCAAAGGACGGAGCGAGUUAUCACCCGAGAAGACGGGCUGAAAUUUGCACGCAAACAUUCGAUGCUCUUUAUAGAAUGCAGUGCUCGUACGGCAGAUGGAGUGGUCACCGCCUUCGAAGAGCUGGUGGAGAAAAUUCUCCAGACUCCUGGAUUGUGGGAACAGAACAUUGCUAAGGGAAUAAAUCUCAGUGAGAAAGCAGAAACUGACGCCCCUUCUGGCGGUUGCGGUGGAUAUUGUGAAUUAGUAUGAAACUAUUUUCGCUUCCUUGAAUGGAAUCUUAAUUCUGUGGAUUUGCCUUUCGGACAAAACCCUGUUGUGCUCUGACGCCUCUGUGCAAUGCCUAAAAACACCUACCAUGUUUAGUGAUUUUGUUUUUUUAAUACUUCCGGAUUUAUUGUUUGCUAUACUUCCCAUCUUUACUGGUUGUACAGUAUAGAUUUUGUUUUGUGAAUUAAUAAAAUGUUCAAGGAUCUUG